AUGGGGCAAGAUUCGAGGUCAAGGAAGGCUCGAUUGCAGCAAGUGCUUUCGCAAAUAUGUGAUAAAAUGAAAUUGCAGAGUUUGUCAGUACGUUAUCACAAUGCAGCAAUGGCCUAUGCGGCGCGCGCAGGUGAUCACGACUUGCAGUAUCGCUGUUUACUUUCAAAAAUGAAUUUUUCUGGUAAUCAUCGUUUGAAAACAGCUAUUGAGCUGGUUCAUGUAGCUGCUAAUUUAGAUCAGCAAACAUCAUGUGAAGCGAAAUUCAUAUUAGCUCAGGAUUUGGUUGGUGCGAAGUGGGAUCUUAUUUCAAUGUUAGCUUCCAAAGGACAUGAAAAAUUGGAUGUUGAAGAGCAAAGAUCUUUCUAUCAAGUAUUGAUAACAGUCUACAAAACGAUUGAACGAUUGAGAAUGCUGGAAAAUGCCGAUGAUCAGCUUAAAAUGAAGAUUAAUGAGAAAGUUGCGGAUAAUUUGUAUGAGGCAGGAUUUUGUGAAAUAUCGCUCGAGUAUUACAAACAGAUGUUAACUUAUGCUUGUCAAACGGAAGACAAAAUUAAAGCUUUGGUUUCUAUAGCAGAAACAGCCAAAGAGUUAGAUCGUUACGAAGAGGCAUUUAAUUGCUUUACUGAAGUGGAAAAUCUUGAAAACACUUUAAAUGUAUGCGACGCUAAGAAAGCGGAUACAAAUCUUUGUAUUGCUAAUACUGCUGCCAAUAUUGAUUCUUUUACAUCGAAGGAAGUUCUAGAAUUCUUUCGGAAAUCCGAAUGCCUUGUAAUCUGCAACCGUCAGAAAAAAACUUUGUAUGAAAACAUGUUGGCAUAUGUGAACGACAAAAAUGUCGGCAAGGAUUUACGUGUAGAAAUUGAAGCAAAACUUGACAGUCUCAAUAAUGAUGCGGAAGACGGUGACGGAAAAUCGGAAAGUGAUGAGGGAAAAGACGAAAAUUUCGUUGAUAAAUGGGAUGACUUAAGUGAUACACAAAUUUUGGCUCGUUGUCACGAAGAUGCGAAUCGUCAUAGUAUGGAAGAACGUAUGCGAUCUGAGAAGGAUAAGAAAAUCAAUUUAUAUGGUGAAACACGAAUGCAUGAAGCUGCUCGUGGUAGUGAUACCCAGUAUUUGAAAAUGCUGAUCGAAAUGGGAUACAAUAUAAAUGCUUGCGAUGAAGGUGGUUGGACACCGUUGCAUGAAGCAGUUGGAGCGUUAAAAUUGGAAAAUGUUCGAAUUUUGGCUCGAGUUGGUGCAAAUCUUAAUUUGCGGUCAAAUGAAGGAACUUUAUCAGCUGAUGGCGAACAAACGGAUAGUGGUGGUCUAACUCCAUUAAUGGAGGCAUGUGAUCGAGGUGCUACAGCAAUCGUUGAUUUAUUAUUAAAGUUUGGGGCGGACGUUACUAUCAGAAAUCGUGAUGAUUGGACUGCGCUUGAUUUUUUUCGAAAUGCAAUUAAAAUGGGGAUGGUUGAAGAUGAUGUUAUGGAGGAAGCCAAAAGUCUUGUAUCAGUCAUGGAAAUGAAGCUAAAGGAAGUGAACAUAACGGUAAAUGCAGAACCACCACCGAAGAAGCUCAGAUUAAAUGAUAAAACAAAAUUAAAGACACAUUCGAAUGAUGGAUCAGGAAAAGUCGUUGAUCCAAAUGUAUCAAAUUUACAUGAAUAUCGGAAAACGAUGAAUGUUGUGGGACGUGGAACAACGCAUAAUAGAAUAAGUGUUCUACUGGAUGGAUUAGAUACCAAUGAUGCUUCGUUUGAUGAGGAUGAAGAGGAUGAAAUGUGGCAUGUAAGACAUUUGUCUCCAUUGGAUGAUGCACUUGUCGAUACUGAUGAUUUCACUGGAUUUCCUUCUACUCAUCAAACUUCAUCGUCCUUUUUUAACAGUUCUUUAUCUUUACCAUUAAACAAGAAGCGAACUGAAAAUGCGGAAAAGACCGCUCAAAUAAAGCGCAAUUUUUCGACUGAUUUCUGUGAUGAAUUGCCAUGUAAUUCUGAUUCUAUUCUAUUACCUGAAUCUAGUCCGGAAUCCAGGCGAAGGAAAAGAAGUCAGCUGAAUGUAAAGAAAGAUAUCAGAAAAGAUUUAGAUAACGAUAUAGUGACCUUACAAAGUGGAAGCACUUCAAGUACCGAAUUACAAUCUUUCAAACAUUCCAAUGUUAAAAACUCAGCGAUUGUAAGUGGUCGGCAGGAAUGCAACAAAGGGUCAUCAUCAUCAUCUUGUGCACCAUCAGGUGUUAAAAAUCAAAUUUUUAUCAAAAUUAUCAUGAUGAAGAGCGAUGGUACACAUCUGAAAACUAAAGGAAUGCCUUUUGCAAGUUCGUGUCUCAUAGGCGAUAUCCGAAAACGUUGUAAAGAGGAACUAAAAGGUGAUAUGGAGUAUUCAUCGAUGACAAUAUGCCACGAUGAUUGCGAACUAUCGGAUGAUACACCAAUUGAGUUGGUGCUAGCAGAUGCGAAAAAUUUGAAAUGUAUCAUAAGCGGUUGCACAAAACCGUCCGCUGCUCAAAUUUAUGCAAAACGAACUAGAAGAUUAAUGGCGAAUGUGUUACAUACGCUUGCGGAAAGUACGAAUGGCUCAUUAGAUUUGCGUGAAAUAAAUAUUGGCCAAGAUGAUGCUGUUUGCGCCGCUAUUGAAGUUUUGCAAUCAAAUCUACUGGAACUUUAUCUAGAUGGCAAUUCACUGUCAACUUUAUUUAUUGAUUUAAUUUCAAAAAUCCUUCGACAUCUUACUUUACUGAGCUUGUCUUGCUGCGCAUUGAAAAGUAGAUAUCUUCGGCAGCUGAUUGGUGAUUAUUCGGUUUGUGAUGCACUGAUCAAGUUAGAUUUGAGUUACAAUAAUCUGGGCGAUAAUGGUUCCGAUUAUCUGGUUGCUUUUGUUAGCUUGUGUCCGAAUCUUAUAGAUCUUAAACUUGCUUCAUGUAAUAUAGGACGAAACGUUACAGAUUCCUUGGUACGACAGAUUAAAAAAAUAAUUUCAUUGGAAGUGCUGGAUCUAAGUUUCAAUUCAGAAAUUAAUUCAGAUCACGCUUUAGAAAUAAUUCAAACUUGUAAGAACUUAAAAUAUUUAGACUUGUCAUGUACAGCUCUAUCCAAAAUGGAUAAUAUGCCAGAAGCAGAGAGAAAAUUAGAAAUCUUGAAAUUAUCCCUCAAUAGCUUACAUAAUCCUGAUUAUAUAACGAAAUGGUCACUGACAUAUUGUCCAAAUAUUCUUCUUCUUGAUUUAUCUGCAACAACAGCUAUUUCUUCUGCCGUUGAAAUUUGUCUGAAGAUUAAAGCUGAUAAGAUGCCUUUUACAACAGUUUUAUUAGCUGAUUGCAGCUUGCUUGAAGCGAAUCCAGAAGAAGUAAUUCGUGUACUUAAAGCAGACUUGAUCACUAGCAGCACUGCAAGAUUUCAAUUUAGCAAUAAGUUUCGUCAGAAAAUUGAAGAAUUGCUGCUAGAUUCUUACAAAUUUUGCGAUAUUGUUUCCUUGACGAUUCCUGGUGAAAAACGGACAGAAGUAAUUGGUUGUGGUCUAAAACGAGUAAUCAAUGAUUCUGAUCAGUUGAGAGUCGUACAACCAGGAGUACGGCGUAUAUCGCACGGUAAACAAUGGAUGGCAGUUCAUUCACGAAGAUAUGUCCCACAAAAAGGUGAUCGUGUAAUUGGAAUUGUUACUUCUGCACAUGGUGAAACGUUUAAAAUUGAUAUCGGCUCUGCGGAUAUUGCUUUUAUUAGUUUCCUUUCUUUUGAAGGUGCUACAAGACGUAAUCGUCCGAACUUGAAAGUUGGUGAUUUAAUUUAUGCAUCUGUCAUCACUGCAACAAAGCAUCUUGAACCAGAGCUAACAUGUGUUGAUAGUGAAGGUCGAGCACGUGGUAUGGGUCCACUACCAUCUGGUGGAUUUCUAUUUAAGACAAGUCUAAAUCUUGUUCGUCGAAUCCUUUCACCAACUUCAAGACUAUUGACCUUGAUUGGUAAAGAUAUAAAAUUCGAAAUAACAAGUGGUAUUAAUGGACGAAUUUGGAUCAAAGGCAUUAAUAUCGUAGAAGUUAUAGCUGUUCAUCGGAUAAUAAAGGAUUCAGAGUUUAUUUCAGAACCCGAUAUUCCAGCUUUUGUAGACAGCCAAAUUAGUCGUUUAUACGGUUUUCCAGCAACUGCUGAUGAUGAUAAUAAUGAUCGAAUGUCAUAA